AUGGCAGGAAGGCACCGUGCAUCCCGCCAAUACCAUGAUGACCCUCGAGGAUAUCGUGAUGCUCCACCUCCUCCACUUGCACGAACAAGGCCUCUCUCUCCGCGUCGCUUGGCGGAGGAAUUAUCUAGUCGCCGUGCCGAGAUGCGUAGAAUCUGUGAAGACAAUCAGCGUCUGGCAGAUGAAAUUGUUAGUCUCAGGCAAACCAAGCCACGUUUGGAAGAAGACCUCCAAGUCUCAAGUCAGGCUGUUCCGAAGCUCCGGGCAGAGAAAGAGCUUGAAUCGAGGGGGCUGACUCAGAGGAAUCUGAAGCUGGAAGCUGAACUGCGUGCCUUAGAACCCCUUAGGCAAGAUGCUCUGCAUCUGCGAUCUGAAGCAAGUAAACUACAUUCUUUGAGGCAAGAGUUGGCUGCAAAGGUUCAAGGUCUAUUGAAAGAGCUUGAACAUCAGAAAUCUGAAAGCCAGAAAAUGACUGCUAUGAUAGCUGAACGUGAUGCUCUCUGUCAAGAAUUGCACCAGGCUAGGGCGAACCUUGAGUUUGAAAAGAAGGCAAAGCCAGAGCUGACUGCACAGGUUCAGGCAAUGGAGAAUGAUCUUGUAGCUAUGGCUCAGGAGGCUGAGAAGCUGAGGGCUGAUAUUGCAAAGAGAAACACACCUACGGACUACCGGAGCAUUAGAUGUUUGGUCACUGUGUCAUUUUGCAGCGCCUCCCUUUCGUCCUCCUCGUUGUCGGUCUCCGUGUCCUCAGGCGGCAGCUUGAAGCGGCAGAGCGGGCAGAGGCGGCUGGCACGGAGGCACUGGAAGAUGCAGCGCUCGUGGAAGCCGUGCGCGCUCGGCAUGGUCCUCAGCGCGUCGCCUGCCUCGUACUCGUCGAGGCACACCGCGCACUCCCCACUCUCCCUCGCCCACCGUCGUCUCCGGCAGACAAGCUAUGGCCACGCUGGAUGCCGGGACGGCGCCGAAGGUGAAGCUGCCGUACUCUUCGUCGUCGUACGCUCCGGCCUCGGCGUCGGCGUCGCCGUGCCGCGGAUGGUCUCCCCGGUCACCGUCAUCGCGAGGCCCGAAGACGAAGACGAAGACUUCAGCAGCCUCCAUGUUUGGGUCUAA